GCUGCCAUUCAUUCACCGCUGCUGGGGGGGUGAAAAAACACUUCCUAGUUAUUCACUCAGUGUUCACCAUAUCUUCUCCUGACUAGAUAUGGCUCGAACUACAGCCCCUGUGCCCAACGGAAAACUCAAGAUACAACUGAACGGGAAUAAUUUAAAACACGCCAAUUGUAAGAAAAAUGGAUACCACAAUAAGGCCCAGAAAAACAGCACAGCACACAGCGCUGGGCUCCCCUCCAGUCGACAGAGGUUUCAGAGACCAGAAUCCUUUGAGAAUCCUCCCAUGUACGUAGCUGUGAUGACAUACCUGGGGUUCGGCAUCGUCACACUGUUCGGAUACUUCAGGGACUUCCUCAGAGCAGUAGGACUGGAGAAAUGUCACAUCGCCAGGGAGAGAGAGGAGCAGAAGGAUUUUGUCCCUCUGUACCAAGACUUUGAGAACUUCUACACCCGUAACCUGUACAUGAGAGUUAGAGACAACUGGAACAGACCGAUAUGCAGUCUGCCUGGCCCUGUGUUUGACGUGAUGGAGAGGGUGUCCCCAGACUACAACUGGACAUUCAGUUUAACAGGGAAGACCAUAGACGAUGUCAUCAACAUGGGGUUUUCUGUCUGGAAGACCAUAGACGAUGUCAUCAACGUGGGGUUUAACGUCUGUCUAACACAUGCUCUCAGCUCUCCAGAACACAUGUUCUCAGCUCUCCAGAACACGUGCUCUCAGCUCUCCAGAACACGUGCUCUAAGCUCUCCAGAACACAUGCUCUCAGCUCUCCAGAACACGUGCUCUCAGCUCUCCAGAACACGUGCUCUCAUCUCUCCAGAACACAUGCUCUCAGCUCUCCAGAACACAUGCUUUCAGCUCUCCAGAACACGUGCUCUCAGCUCUCCAGAACACAUGCUCUCAGUUCUCCAGAACACAUGCUCUCAGCUCUCCAGAACGCAUGCACUCAGCUCUCCAGAACACAUGCUCUCAGCUCUCCAGAACGCAUGCACUCAGCUCUCAGAACGCAUGCACUCAGCUCUCCAGAACGCAUGCACUCAGCUCUCCAGAACGCAUGCUCUCAGCUCUCCAGAACGCAUGCUCUCAGCUCUCCAGAACACAUGCUCUCAGCUCUCCAGAACACAUGCUUUCAUUAGCAAUCAGAUUGAUCACUUGAAACAGCAGCAAACAGUGACAGGAAAUGGAUAUGAAUUUUCUUUUUGUUUCUCUUUUCUCUGUCCAGGUAACCUGGCUAUCCAUGAGGAGUUGGAGCAGCUUGUAGCCACCUUCCUGGGGGUAGAGUCCUCCAUGAUCUUCGGCAUGGGCUUUGCAACCAACUCUAUGAACAUACCGGCACUGGUCGGAAAGGGCUGUCUGAUUCUGAGUGAUGAGCUGAACCACACCUCACUGAUCUUGGGGGCCAGGUUGUCAGGGGCAACUAUCUGGGUGUUUAAGCACAACAACAUGCAGAGCCUGGAGCGCCUGUUGAGGGAGGCGGUGUGUAGUGGGCAGCCUCGGACCCACCGGCCCUGGAGGAAGGUUCUGAUCAUGGUGGAAGGCAUCUACAGUAUGGAGGGGUCGGUGGUGCGUCUGCCAGACAUCGUAGCCCUGAAGAAGAAGUACAAGGCCUACCUGUACCUGGACGAGGCACACAGUAUCGGGGCGGUGGGGCCGACAGGGAGGGGUGUGACAGAACUGUUCGGGCUGGACCCCUCAGACAUCGACGUCAUGAUGGGAACAUUCACCAAGAGUUUCGGGGCUGCAGGAGGAUACAUCGCUGGGAAAAAGGAGCUGGUCGACUACCUGCGUAGCCACUCCCACAGUGCGGUGUACGCCUCGGCCAUGUCUCCUCCCGUCACAGAACAGAUCCUGAGAGCCAUGAAAUGCAUCAUGGGGCUGGAUGGAACCACCGUGGGUCAGGCCAGGGUGCACCAGCUGGCAGAGAACACACGCUACUUCAGGUCUCGUCUUCAAGAGAUGGGCUUCAUCAUCUAUGGUAACGAUGAUUCUCCUGUGGUCCCAAUUCUGCUCUACAUGCCAGGAAAAGUUGUGGCUUUCUCUCGCGCCAUGCUGGAGAGGAAGAUAGGAGUGGUGGUGGUAGGGUUCCCUGCUACGCCCAUCACAGAGGCACGGGCACGCUUCUGUCUGUCUGCUGCACACACCAAGGCCAUGCUCGACCAGGUGUUGUUUGAUCUGAACGAGUUAGGAGAUGAUUUGUGUCUGAAGUUCUCCCGGAGGAAAUAUUCUCCUCGUCCACAACAACACAACAACAACGACGACACAGACUUUGAGCUGGACAGUUAGCCAAUAGACUGAUAGGAUAACCCCUGAUCUCUGACCUCCCACCUCUGACCUCUGACCUCUGCACUGAGAGACUGUAACGGUGGUUCAAUGCUGACAGGGAAUGGCCAUACGUCCCAAUAAUUUGUCCUUUAUCUCGAAGUGCGCACUUGUGCUCUCCUCCCCACACAUAAACAUUGGAUUAGGUGUAAGCAUGGGUAAGACAGUGUCUAGUACCAUUUGUCUUGUACCAGAUCAUAAUGGGAAGUUAACCGGUCGUACAUGGUUAGAUUUUGGGAACAGCAGGUGCCUUCCGUGCCAGUCCAAUACACUGAGAGAGUGGGGUCUCAUCCCUGCCAGUCCAAUACACCGAGAGAGUGGGGUCUCAUCUCUACCAGUCCAAUACACAGAGAGAGUGGGGUCUCGACUCUACCAGUCCAAUACACCGAGAGAAUGGGGUCUCAUCCCUGCCAGUCCAAUACACCGAGAGAGUGGGGUCUCAUCUCUACCAGUCCAAUACACAGAGAGAGUGGGGUCUCAUCCCUGCCAGUCCAAUACACCGAGAGAGUGGGGUCUCAUCUCUACCAGUCCAAUACACAGUGAGAGUGGGGUCUCAUCCCUGCCAGUCCAAUACACCGAGAGAGUGGGGUCUCAUCUCUACCAGUCCAAUAAACAGAGAGAGUGGGGUCUCGACUCUACCAGUCCAAUACACCGAGAGAAUAGGGUCUCGACUCGACCAGUCCAAUAAACCGAGAGAGUGGGGUCUCUUCCCUGCCAGUCCAAUACACAGAGAGAGUGGGGUCUCAUCCCUACCAGUCCAAUACACAGAGAGAGUGGGGUCUCGACUCUACCAGUCCAAUACACCGAGAGAAUGGGGUCUCGACCAGUCCAAUACACCGAGAGAGUGGGGUCUCAUCCCUGCCAGUCCAAUACACAGAGAGAGUGGGGUCUCAUCUCUACCAGUCCAAUACACAGAGAGAGUGGGGUCUCGACUCCACCAGUCCAAUACACCGAGAGAAUGGGGUCUCAUCCCUGCCAGUCCAAUACACCGAGAGAGUGGGGUCUCAUCUCUACCAGUCCAAUACACAGAGAGAGUGGGGUCUCAUCCCUGCCAGUCCAAUACACCGAGAGAGUGGGGUCUCAUCUCUACCAGUCCAAUACACCGAGAGAAUGGGGUCUCGACCAGUCCAAUACACCGAGAGAGUGGGGUCUCAUCCCUGCCAGUCCAAUACACAGAGAGAGUGGGGUCUCAUCCCUACCAGUCCAAUACACAGAGAGAGUGGGGUCUCAUCUCUACCAGUCCAAUACACAAGAGAGUGGGGUCUCAUCCCUGCCAGUCCAACACACCGAGAGAGUGGGGUCUCAUCUCUACCAGUCCAAUACACAGAGAGGGUGGGGUCUCAUCCCUGCCAGUCCAAUACACGAAGAGAGUGGGGUCUCAUCCCUGCCAGUCCAAUACACCGAGAGAGUGGGGUCUCAUCCCUACCAGUCCAAUACACAGAGAGAGUGGGGUCUCAUCCCUGCCAGUCCAAUACACAGAGAGAGUGGGGUCUCGACUCUACCAGUCCAAUACACAGAGAGAGUGUGGUCUCGACUCUACCAGUCCAAUACACCGAGAGAGUGGGGUCUCAUCCCUGCCAGUCCAAUACACCGAGAGAGUGGGGUCUCAUCUCUACCAGUCCAAUACACAGAGAGGGUGGGGUCUCAUCCCUGCCAGUCCAAUACACAGAGAGAGUAGGGUCUCAUCCCUGCCAGUCCUAUACACCGAGAGAGUGGGGUCUCAUCUCUACCAGUCCAAUACACAGAGAGAGUGGGGUCUCGACUCUACCAGUCCAAUACACCGAGAGAAUGGGGUCUCGACUCGACCAGUCCAAUACACCGAGAGAGUGGGGUCUCAUCCCUGCCAGUCCAAUACACAGAGAGAGUGGGGUCUCAUCCCUGCCAGUCCAGUACACCGAGAGAGUGGGGUCUCAUCUCUACCAGUCCAAUACACAGAGAGAGUGGGGUCUCGACUCUACCAGUCCAAUACACCGAGAGAAUGGGGUCUCGACUCGACCAGUCCAAUACACCGAGAGAGUGGGGUCUCAUCCCUGCCAGUCCAAUACACAGAGAGAGUGGGGUCUCAUCCCUGCCAGUCCAAUACACCGAGAGAGUGGGGUCUCAUCUCUACCAGUCCAAUACACAGAGAGAGUGGGGUCUCAUCCCUGCCAGUCCAAUACACCGAGAGAGUGGGGUCUCAUCUCUACCAGUCCAAUACACAGAGAGAGUGGGGUCUCGACUCUACCAGUCCAAUACACAGAGAGAAUAGGGUCUCGACUCGACCAGUCCAAUACACCGAGAGAGUGGGGUCUCUUCCCUGCCAGUCCAAUACACAGAGAGAGUGGGGUCUCAUCCCUACCAGUCCAAUACACAGAGAGAGUGGGGUCUCGACUCUACCAGUCCAAUACACCGAGAGAAUGGGGUCUCGACCAGUCCAAUACACCGAGAGAGUGGGGUCUCAUCCCUGCCAGUCCAAUACACAGAGAGAGUGGGGUCUCAUCUCUACCAGUCCAAUACACAGAGAGAGUGGGGUCUCAUCCCUGCCAGUCCAAUACACCGAGAGAGUGGGGUCUCAUCUCUACCAGUCCAAUACACCGAGAGAAUGGGGUCUCGACCAGUCCAAUACACCGAGAGAGUGGGGUCUCAUCCCUGCCAGUCCAAUACACAGAGAGAGUGGGGUCUCAUCCCUACCAGUCCAAUACACAGAGAGAGUGGGGUCUCAUCUCUACCAGUCCAAUACACAAGAGAGUGGGGUCUCAUCCCUGCCAGUCCAACACACCGAGAGAGUGGGGUCUCAUCUCUACCAGUCCAAUACACAGAGAGGGUGGGGUCUCAUCCCUGCCAGUCCAAUACACGAAGAGAGUGGGGUCUCAUCCCUGCCAGUCCAAUACACCGAGAGAGUGGGGUCUCAUCUCUACCAGUCCAUUACACAGAGUGGGGUCUCAUCCCUACCAGUCCAAUACACAGAGAGAGUGGGGUCUCAUCCCUGCCAGUCCAAUACACAGAGAGAGUGGGGUCUCGACUCUACCAGUCCAAUACACAGAGAGAGUGGGGUCUCGACUCUACCAGUCCAAUACACCGAGAGAGUGGGGUCUCAUCCCUGCCAGUCCAAUACACCGAGAGAGUGGUGUCUCAUCUCUACCAGUCCAAUACACAGAGAGGGUGGGGUCUCAUCCCUGCCAGUCCAAUACACAGAGAGAGUGGGGUCUCAUCCCUGCCAGUCCUAUACACCGAGAGAGUGGGGUCUCAUCUCUACCAGUCCAAUACACAGAGAGAGUGGGGUCUCGACUCUACCAGUCCAAUACACCGAGAGAAUGGGGUCUCGACUCGACCAGUCCAAUACACCGAGAGAGUGGGGUCUCAUCCCUGCCAGUCCAAUACACAGAGAGAGUGGGGUCUCAUCCCUGCCAGUCCAGUACACCGAGAGAGUGGGGUCUCAUCUCUACCAGUCCAAUACACAGAGAGAGUGGGGUCUCGACUCUACCAGUCCAAUACACCGAGAGAAUGGGGUCUCGACUCGACCAGUCCAAUACACCGAGAGAGUGGGGUCUCAUCCCUGCCAGUCCAAUACACAGAGAGAGUGGGGUCUCAUCCCUGCCAGUCCAAUACACCGAGAGAGUGGGGUCUCAUCUCUACCAGUCCAAUACACAGAGAGAGUGGGGUCUCGACUCUACCAGUCCAAUACACCGAGAGAAUGGGGUCUCCACUCGACCAGUCCAAUACACAGAGAGACUGGGGUCUCAUCCCUGCCAAUCCAAUACACCAAGAGAGUGGGGUCUCAUCCCUGCCAGUCCAAUACACAGAGAUAGUGGGGUCUCAUCCCUGCCAGUCCAAUACACAGAGAGAGUGGGGUCUCAUCCCUGCCAGUCCAAUACACCGAGAGAGUGGGGUCUCAUCUCUACCAGUCCAAUACACAGAGAGAGUGGGGUCUCGACUCUACCAGUCCAAUACACCGAGAGAAUGGGGUCUCCACUCGACCAGUCCAAUACACAGAGAGAGUGGGGUCUCAUCCCUGCCAAUCCAAUACACCGAGAGAGUGGGGUCUCAUCCCUGCCAGUCCAAUACACAGAGAGAGUGGGGUCUCAUCCCUGCCAGUCCAAUACACCGAGAGAAUAGGGUCUCGACUCGACCAGUCCAAUACACAGAGAGAGUGGGGUCUCAUCCCUGCCAGUCCAAUACACAGAGAGAGUGGGGUCUCAUCCCUGCCAGUCCAAUACACCGAGAGAGUGGGGUCUCAUCCCUGCCAGUCCAAUACACAGAGGGAGUGGGGUCUCAUCCCUGCCUAGUCCAAUACACCGAGAGAGUGGGGUCUCAUCUCUACCAGUCCAAUACACAGAGAGAGUGGGGUCUCGACUCGACUAGUCCAAUACACCGAGAGAAUGGGGUCUCGACUCGACCAGUCCAAUACACCGAGAGAGUGGGGUCUCAUCCCUGCCAGUCCAAUAAACCGAGAGAGUGGGGUCUCAUCCCUGCCAGUCCAAUACACAGAGAGAGUGGGGUCUCAUCACUGCCAGUCCAAUACACAGAGAGAGUGGGGUCUCAUCCCUGCCAGUCCAUUUCACCGAGAGAGUGGGGUCUCAUCCCUACCAGUCCAAUACACGAGAGAGUGGGGUCUCAUCCCUGCCAGUCCAAUACACAGAGAGAGUGGGGUCUCGACUCGACUAGUCCAAUACACCGAGAGAAUGGGGUCUCGACUCGACCAGUCCAAUACACCGAGAGAGUGGGGUCUCAUCCCUGCCAGUCCAAUAAACCGAGAGAGUUGGGUCUCAUCCCUGCCAGUCCAAUACACAGAGAGAGUGGGGUCUCAUCACUGCCAGUCCAAUACACAGAGAGAGUGGGGUCUCAUCCCUGCCAGUCCAUUUCACCGAGAGAGUGGGGUCUCAUCCCUACCAGUCCAAUACACAGAGAGAGUGGGGUCUCGACUCUACCAGUCCAAUACACAGAGAGAGUGGGGUCUCGACUCUACCAGUCCAAUACACGAGAGAGUGGGGUCUCAUCCCUGCCAGUCCAAUACACCGAGAGAGUGGGGUCUCAUCUCUACCAGUCCAAUACACAGAGAGAGAGGGUCUCGACUCUACCAGUCCAAUACACCGAGAGAAUGGGGUCUCGACUCGACCAGUCCAAUACACCGAGAGAGUGGGGUCUCAUCCCUGCCAGUCCAAUACACAGAGAGAGUGGGGUCUCAUCCCUACCAGUCCAAUACACAGAGAGAGUGGGGUCUCGAUUCUACCAGUCCAAUACACCGAGAGAAUGGGGUCUCGACUCGACCAGUCCAAUACACCAAGAGAGUGGGGUCUCAUCCCUACCAUUCCAAUACACAGAGAGAGUGGGGUCUCAUCCCUACCAGUCCAAUACACAGAGAGAGUGGGGUCUCGACUCUACCAGUCCAAUACACAAGAGAGUGGGGUCUCAUCCCUGCCAGUCCAAUACACCGAGAGAGUGGGGUCUCAUCCCUGCCAGUCCAAUACACAGAGAGAGUGUGGUCUCAUCUCUACCAGUCCAAUACACAGAGAGAGUGGGGUCUCAUCCCUGCCAGUCCAAUACACAGAGAGAGUGGGGUCUCAUCCCUGCCAGUCCAAUACACAGAGAGAGUGGGGUCUCGACUCUACCAGUCCAAUACACCGAGAGAGUGGGGUCUCAUCUCUACCAGUCCAAUACACAGAGAGAGUGGGGUCUCAUCCCUGCCAGUCCAAUACACCGAGAGAGUGGGGUCUCAUCCCUACCAGUCCAAUACACAGAGAGAGUGGGGUCUCAUCCCUGCCAGUCCAAUACACCGAGAGAGUGGGGUCUCAUCCCUGCCAGUCCAAUACACAGAGAGAGUGGGGUCUCAUCCCUGCCAGUCCAAUACACCGAGAGAGUGGGGUCUCGACUCUACCAGUCCAAUAAACAGAGAGUGUGGGGUCUCGACUCUACCAGUCCAAUACACAGAGAGAAUGGGGUCUCAUCCCUGCCAGUCCAAUACACAGAGAGAGUGGGGUCUCAUCGCCACCUUAUACAACCAAAACGAAUGUCCAGUGCCCGAAGUACUGCUGCUCUGUUCUGUAUAUGAUUGUGAUUGUUUAUAUUAGAAUGUAAAUUAAGAGAUCAUAUAAUUUGGAUCAUUAUACAACCAAUCCUUCCAGGCUGCUUUUGUAAAUAACAAUGUGUUUCUUAAUUUACUGGCCUGAUUUAUAAAUACAUGUCAAACUAAUGAAUUGAUCUGAAAUGUAUGAAAGCCAGAGUUCAAGGAAAGAUGUCUGUCUCUUGGUGUUUCAUGAUGUGUUUUAUUAAAUGUUGCUUUUGUUACCGUA